AUGCCGAAGAAAUUUUCUGGAACCAAUACAAAGGCUGCUGAAGCCAAAGCUAGGAAAUCUGCACAGAAAGAGGCUGAUAAUGAAAGAAAAGCAGCUGCUGCAGAAGAUGCCCUGUGGCAGGAUGAUGACAAACAGUCCAAUAGAAAACUUCAGAGAAAGGAGGACAAAGAAAAGAAAAGACUUCAACAAUUAGAGAAGAAAAAAGAAUUACAACAAUUACAUGAUGAAGAAAUGACAAAAUUAAAAACUGCCAAACCUCCACCUCAACCCAAAAUAACAAGAGGUGAAAUUGCAGCUACCAUGGAAAAACAAGCAGAGGAAAAGAAAUCCAAAGCUAGGUAUAAUGAUGAUGAUGAUGAUCUUCCCCCAUUAGAAGAAAACCUCAAUCGUGUAGUGAUAGAAGGUGAAGCUAGAACUGUGGAUGAGGCUAUUGGAAUUCUCGGUGAAGGUAAGGAAGAUGUUGAUAUGCAUCCAGAAAAACGAAUGAAAGCUGCUUUCAAGAAAUUUGAAGAUUCGAGAUUACCAGCCCUAAAGAGAGAAAAUCCAAACCUCAGAUUAGCUCAAGUCAAACAUAUGUUACAAAAAGAAUGGAUGAAAUCACCGGAAAAUCCCCUGGUCCAAAAAGCAAUGAGAUAA